AUGAUCUUUUGUAAUUUAUUCAAUGCUCGUCCUUAUGCUAAUCGAAUACAUGAUCUUGUAUUCAAAUCUCUAUUUGAUGAACAAUUUGAAGUGCGAAUAAUUGCAUCGACAACUUUAUCAGGUCUCUAUCAGUGUGAUUACAUUCAAGUGACUGAAGAAGAUCUGAAAUAUUUUCAUACAAUGAGCAAAACCAAUUAUUUUACUAAAAUUAAUACCAAGAAAAUAACAUCGACGAAGGAUAUUGUCAAAAGACAUGGCGGUCGAAGUAUAUGGACAAAAAUAAUUCGAAAUAAAAAAGUUGUAAAAUAUUUAUUUAAUGGUGAAUCAUUCGAUUUUCAUUAUCAAUUUCAAAAUCGUUUUAUAGAACCAAGUAAAUUAUAUCUAGGUGAUGAGUCUGCGACUCGAUGUGUUUAUAAUACAAUGAAUAAAACGAGUAUUACUUUAGGAGGUGAAAGUGAUAACUUCUUCAUGGAAAAUGUUAAUGAACAAAAAUUUAUCGUAAUUUAA